UUUCCAGUUUCGUUUCUGGAUGUUUUGGUCAGGACACGGCUUCAGUGGGUUCGCUAUAAAUUAAAGGCAAACAGCACUGUGCUCACUUCAGCCUCAGCAGAUGAGAAUAAAGACAGAAGCGAUUCCUUGAGGUUCCGGUGUUCAUAAUGCAUUCAAACCAAGAAAAUGCUUUGAAAACCAAACUGUUACAGCUGGAGUGUCACUUUACAUGGAGUUUUAACAAGGAAGACACAGACCUCGAUGACUUAAAAGAAAGACUGGAAGAACAGGUACAAUUGAACCUCGGGAAGGACAGGGGGAUUGUGUGCUCAUACAACCAACUGGCUUACGUGAAGCACCUGGAAGAUUUUAACGAAGAAGCAGAAAAAUACCUAGAGAAAGCUGAAGAACUUGCAAAGACUACCAAUGAACAUGAAUUUGAAGAGCUGAUUAUUGUUACAUAUGGAAACUUUGCCUGGUUGUAUUAUCACAUGGGCAAGCUCACCAAAGCUCAGAGCUACCUGGAGAAGCUGGAAGACAUUUUCAAGAAGUUCCCCAACAAAGCCUCCCGCUACAGUGUCCUCCUUCCUGCUGUGUACGGGGAAAAGGGAUGGUCCUAUUUGAAGUACUCCAAGAAAUAUUAUGAGAGAGCAAAAGAAUGUUUCAAAAAGGCUCUUGAAGAAGAGCCCAAUGAGACGGAGUGGAAUGCUGGUUAUGCCAUUGUUCUAUAUCGCAUCGAGAGUUUUGAAAUAGAAGGUGUCUGUGCUGAUGACUCGACUGCCCUCAAACAGCUAAGACAUGCACUCAAGUUACACCCGGAGAAUACACAGAUCAUGGUACUCCUGGGGCUGAAACUUGGGGAGUAUAAACAAAAUGAGGAAGCCUUGAAGUUAGUGGAGCAAGCUCUGAAGCUGUCACCAGAUAACCCCCAUGUUACUCGAUACGUGGCAAAGUUUUUCAGAAAACACGGGUCUCUUGAUAAAUCCCUGGAACUGUUAAUGAAGGCACUGGAACAUACACCAAAUUCAGGAUUUCUACACCAUCAGAUAAGUCUCUGUUAUAAAAGGAAAAUAUUCAAGUUGAAAGGGCAGAAGAAGCAGUUCCAAGACAGCACUGAGAUUAACAAACUUGUCAGAAUGUGCAUUUUUCACCUGGAAAAAGUAACCAAGCAGAAGCCAUCUUUUUAUUAUGCGCAGUUAGAUCUGGCAAGUAUGUAUGCAGAAUCCAGAAGUAACAAAAAGGCAGAAGAUUUAUUUGAGGAGAUACUUAAAAUGCCAAAUAUCAAGUCUGAAAAUUUGCAGGCAUUUUAUCUCUAUUAUGGAGAUUUCCAGAUGUACCACAACAGAUCUGAAUCUCUUGCUGUUCAGUGCUACAAAGAUGGGCUCAAAAUUCAAAAUAACAACCCAGAACAAAUAAGGUGCUACAGGAAGCUAAAAAAUAUAGCAGAAAGACGGAUUGCUAAGAAUUCAAAAGACGGGGAAGCCUAUGGUAUUCUGGGCUUCGCUCAUCAAAUGAACAAUGAGAGACUCGAAGCGAUCGAAUGCUAUGAGAAUGCUAUCCUGCAUGACCCUGGCAAUGAUGAAUAUCUGAGUGCUCUUUGUGACCUGCGCCUUUCAUUGAAUUGAAAUGCAGAGGUGAAAUGCCAAAGUACUUUGCUGACUGCAAAAAGUAGGGCCAUAUCCUCAGAGCAUUUCCUCUAUUCUUUAAUUAACACCUGUUUUAUGAAAAUAGAAAAAAAAAAUCAUGUGAAUGUUACAAUAUGAGAAUCAUAAUACUGUGAGAGCUAAAUUAUACCACUUGUUUGGUUCAAGUUUUGUAAAAUUAAGUUGUUUUACUUUUCAAACAACAGGGGUUAAUUAAAGACUGGAAUAAAUGCUUUGAAAAUAUGUCCCCAAUAGUUUUGAUAACUAUCAAAGGUUUUUAACUGAAUCUUCAUUAGAUAUCCUAACAGAUGAAACAUAAUGGUAUUGGUUUAUUAUGUAUGAUUCAUGUAAUAAUGCUUAUUUUUACCUGCACUUUAAAAUGUGCUUAUGUUCUUGCACAUCGCUUACAAAAUGUAGAAAUAUUAUCUGUACAUCGUCUCAUUAUAUUGUUUAUUAUUGCAUUUUGUAAGCCUAUACAGCAUGUGAAUGCCUUUUUAAAAAAGAAAAAGUAAUCCAAUGUAACACAUGUUGUUGCAUAAGUAUAUCGAUGGCUUUUCUUGCACUUUGUUUUUUGUUUAUUUUAAAGAUUUCAAUUUGUAUGUAAUUUGAAUUGCUUUAUAAUGUUUUGUUACUUGGUAAACAGUGUAAUCUUCACAGUGAAAGUAUGACUUUUAGGCCCCUUUUUUCGUAUGCAAAGAGUUGCAAGAGAAUCCAUGAGUUAUGUGACCACAGGGCCAGAAGGGGAUGUAGGGAUCCAGAUCUAAACACUGUCAGAUCUAAAUGCCACCAACUUUUAAUCAUAUACUCCUCUUUUUGGUUUUAAUACGUGAGUAAUUUAUAUAUGAUCUGGAAAAAAAAAAAAUGGUGACAGUAUUAAGCUGUGAAGAUCAUCAGAUCAGUCUUAGCCAGACUGCUGAUCGCAUACAAUCCCUUUUUGUCAAAGUUGUGUACUGCUAUAAUGGUAAUGACUUCUUAUUUUUGUCCAACUUAUCUAUUGAGUGUUUCAUUUUUUUAAAUGUUAGAUAGUAAGAUUAUAAAUGCAUUUUUGUCAUUGUUAUAUUUUAUUUACCUACACAUUUAUUAUACAUUAUAAGAAUACAAUACUGGACACAUUUUUUAGUUGGAUUUUUAAUCUGUUUCCUUGGAAUAGCAAAGUUAUUAAACUUGUGUAUGUUUAUCUAUAGUAUAUACAAGUAUGUAGUGUAAUCUAUACAAUAAAGAAUAACAAACUUA